AGCCGCCAUUAAUUACAAGCCCCACCUCUCCACUGUCUGCUUUGUGCUGAUUGGUUGGCGGGGCGUCCGUCCUGCUCGGCGCGCUAAAAUUGUUGUCGGGAAAGUUCGGAGAGUUCUGCUCUGGGUGACGCUGCGGAUUCUUCUUAGAAAUAGCUAAGGAGAAGCUUGCCUAAUUCAAUGCUGGGGUUGAAGAAAACUCAGUGAUGGCAAAUGAAACCACUCCUGUCCAAGCAGGUGCUGUAAAUGUGCCUUUGGGGCAUGUGAUCGGCAAUGAGAAAUGGAAAGGAUCGCAGAUUGCUCAGGGAAUGCAAGGUAAAGUUAAAUUAAUGUUAGAAGAUGGCUUGGGAACUGUGGACUUCCAUUUUUCAAAUAGAACUUGCGUUCUUUAUAUUUCUGAAGCUGACCUGGUAGCAGGCAAUGGCUUCAAACGACGACUUGUUCGCUUUAGAAAUACCAGCAGUCUUCAAGGAAUUGUCAUAGUUGAGAAAACUCAGAUAAGUGAUCAGUACUUCUCAGCGGUACAGAAAUUUGUUGUUUUGGAACUUGGCAUGCCGUUACUUCCAGUAGCCAACCAGGGAGAAGCAGCACAGCUUAUUAUCCAGCUAGUCCAUGAGCAAGCUAAAGAUAGAGCCAGCAACCCAUUCCUUAACAAGAAGGGACCUCAGCUCUUGGAGGCUUCUUUGUUCCAGACAGUUCAGCAGAUUCCAGGAGUUGGGAAAACCAAAGCUUUGCUGCUUCUGGAACAAUUUGGAAACAUCCACCAGCUUUGUAACGCGACCCUUCAGGAGCUUGAACAAGUAGUUGGACGCUCAGUAGCACAACAAAUCCAUAGAUUCUUUACGCAAACUAAGUAACAUUGUCUUGUUGGCAUGAAAGAUAAGCAUCUUGGGAGAAAUGGUUUACUCUUGUACAUCAGACUACUUAAUAGGUGCCCAAGUGGUAUUCAUCUGGAUUUUGCUUCAUCUAAUAAAAAGUCUUUAAACACUC